AUGCUCGGUCUCUGUGGAGUUGCCGCCAGCGUCGUCGCCUCAUCUGCCGCUGGCGCCGGUGCUAUCGCCGCCAUCCCAGCCGCUCUGGGUGCCGUUGGAUUCGGAGCUGGAGGUGUCGCUGCCGGCAGCGCAGCAGCAGCAGCACAGGCAGGAAUGGGUGGCGUCGUGGCAGCAGGUGGAUGGUUCGCAACGGCCCAGAGCUUGGCGAUGGGGGGUGCAUUGGCGGUGACGUUGGGGACUGUGGGCACCGCGCUUGCGGCGGGGGCAGGAGUUGGGGGGGCGGCGAUUGCGGCGGCGCAUGUUGUUGGGGUCUUGUGUUAG